UUGGCCACAGCUGCUCAGCCGGGAGGGGGUCCUUGCUGCUUUGGGCAGUUUGAACGGGUCGCUGUUGCUGAGAGAAGUGUCGCUGGAUUAACGUGACGGCGAGCGGAAUGCGGCGCAGAUUUUACCUGUUGCAGAUGCUGAAUUUCUCAAUCUGAAAUAGACCUACUGCUUUCCAUAUGCUCAAUACCUAAUAGUGACAUCAGCUUGCAAGUACAGGAAAGAUUGAAUUUCGCUGAUAAAGACAGCAUGGAUUCUAUUUUGAUGCGAUUGAAGCAACUUACCCCUGCUGAACUCAGACAAGAAAUUCUCAAUGCUGGAUUGAACUAUGGACCCAUAACUUUGACGACCCGUUCCAUUUUUGAGAAGAAAUUAGCCCAGGCUUUGUUGGAGCACCAGGGAGGAGGAGAAGCAGUUAGGCUGCCUGAAUUAAUCGAUAAUUCAGUCAAACCUGACGAUGACAAAACUUUGCGCAGCCACUCCUCGGGUGUGUCUGACUGCAGUUCUGCCCCAUAUUCUGACCAGUCCCAUCCAUCAAGAGUUGUCAGUGCCGACAACGAUGGACAUUUUGGAUAUAAUGUGGGACCGAAUCCUCCAGAUGAGGCAUCAUUAUCAAAAGAUGUAGAUGUGAGUGAUUUACAGAAUAGUGCUGAACAGAUGUUGGGAGGGUCAGCUGCCUCCCCUUCACUUUAUUAUGGGGUUUGUCCAGUCUGGGAUGACAUAUUGUCCAGGAAUGACAAAGCACAUGUAUAUGUGGAUAAGAAGGAAGCUCUUCAAGCUGUAAAGUUGAUGAAAGGGUCUCGGUUCAAAGCUUUCACAAACAGAGAAGAUGCAGAAAAAUUUGCGAGAGGGAUUUAUGACUACUUCCCCUCACCGAGCAAGUCAGCUGCUAGUGUAUCUCCAUUGAAAGCCAAUGUGAUGUGUAAUAGAGAUGGCGCAAGUUCUCUGGAAGUAGAAAGCACCAAUAGGGAGAGAGCCAACAGUUUCAAAAGCCCACGCUCUCAGGAUUUAACAUCCAAGCUGAGGAAGGCUGUUGAAAAAGGAGACAAGGCCAUCUUUCUUGAUCUUGUUUGGAGUAAUCCACGUUACCUAAUUGGAUCUGGAGAUAACCCUACAGUUCUACAGGAAGGAUGUCGAUAUAAUGCCAUGCAUGUUGUUGCUAAAGAAAAUCAGCCUCAAAUUUGCCAACUUCUAUUGGACACAUUGGAAAACCCUGAAUUUAUGCUGCUGAUGUAUCCAGAUGAUAAUGAAGUUAUGCUGCAAAAACGAAUCAAAUACAUAGUUGACCUUUAUCUCAAUACACCUGAUAAAAUGGGUUUUGACACCCCAUUACAUUUUGCCUGUAAGUUUGGACAUGCUGAGGUGGUUAAUGUGUUAUGCUCGCAUCCUGAUAUCAGCAAAUUUGCAAAGAACAAGUGUGGCCAAACUCCUGUGGAGGUUAUUUGUGAAAGGAGUAAAAAUAAAUCUGAAGAACUAAAGGAAAAGAUCCGAGAGUUUUUACAAGAUCGAUAUUAUGUACCAUUGCUAAGAGAUAUUGACAACUCCUGUCCGCCCAUAAUUGGUUCUCCCUGGUCACCUGAUCAGUCAUCUGAGCAGCAUUGCACAUCUUUAUCCAGGCACACUGGGAAUCCCAAGGAUCCAGUUAUGGAAGUUAGAGCAUUUGCAGGACCCAUGCCUCCAUCCAAGGCAGAGGUAUUUCGGAGAGUAUGGAAAACUCCAUCUCGAGAGAGAGCAAAUGAAUUUAAAAAGGCAGAUGCUGAGCGAGGCUAUGAGAGAGUUGGAAGGGAUUUAGCUCAUGAAAUGGGACAUCCAUGGGCUGAGUACUGGGAAUUUCUUGGCUGUUUUAUUGAUCUUGCUGCACCAGAAGGAAUUAGAAAAAUAGAAGACUAUCUGAGUAAAAAAGCUGAACAGGAAGGUGGAGACAUCUAUAUCUGCAAUAAAUUCAGAAGUCCUCCACCAAGUGGUAAAACUAAUAAGUACUGCAGCUCGAUCGCUGGUUCUUUUUUGGAUGAUGACCUCAGUUUAGAAGAAUUAAAAAAUAGACAAAAUGCUGCAUUAAAAGUCAGCAUGUCAGUGGUUAGUUCUGGAACUAGCCCUGGUACCAUUGAAGGAAAUGGAUGCCAUAUACUUCCUGUGCAGCACUCAACAGACAUUAUUGAUUCUACAAACAAUCUAAGUAAACUUGACAUGGCAAUCUCACCCAACUUAAAUGGAGUCUGUUCUCCUGUUGGUACUGAAAAUCCUGGAGGGCAAUGUUCUCGUUCAUUUACCAUGUCUGGAUCAAAAGAUAUCCUUUCCCCUGUUUCUAACCUCAUGGCUGAAUUUGAAAAGCUUUCACUCUACGAUGAUGAAGAGAGAAAUUUGCUGUCUGAGGUGAAUGAAGUAACUGGAGAGUUGAUGGGCAGUAAUGUGUCAGGAUUGGUAGCUCAUGAGAAAAGUUCUAUGAAUGACCAGGAUAUACAGUGGAGUGAGAGUGAUCUAAUUGAGAGUGAGGGAGUGACUGAAAAAGAAACCAGGAAGGAAAAUCCAUUACUCACUCCUGACCAGAAGCAACCUGUGAUGGAAGAUAGUGGUGAAAUCUCCAAUUUAUUGUCAUUAUGCACAUCAAAGGUAGCAACUUUACAGCUGAAAAAUCAGAGAAACUAUGCACACGGCAGCAGUCAAGCCUGCAGGACAGCGAUUUCUCCUACUUUGGAAAGGGAGUUUUCUGUAAAUCCUUCACAGGAAUCUAGUGCAUCUCAAGACAAACUGAACUCGCAGACCACUAUGCAUUUGGAGAGCAUUACUGGCAGAUCCCCAGAAGACCAGCAACAGUUUCUUCCCAAGCACACUCCAGGGUCUUUAAGAAGAGGAUCCUCCAAGGAGAUCUUUCUAGUUGGAGAUGGACCAACGAAGCUCGACAGUGAUGUUUUAGCUGCGCUGAAUGGUGUUGAUAUUGACCCUCUGAUGUUCCCAUGUUUAAGUCAGUGGAAGAGUAGAAUGCAGUUCUACUCCCCGUCAGAAAUGCAAAGUUGGCCAAGCCCUGCUAUACUAAAAGGGAGACCAAAAAUGCAGUCCAUUGCACAGAGUUCUCCAUGCAGCCCUGGUUUCUCCAUUCAUGGGAGAUCUAGUCCACUGUGCCACAGUCCAGGAAAGUUUGGGAGCUCUCCUUACUCAGAGUUUGGAAGCCCAGGGCGAUACAGUCCAGCCUAUGCCAGCCAUAUCCAGGUGCUGCGACUUCUGCACUUAACUGAAUCAUCUGAGCUCUAACAUUUACUGUUGUGAAAACAAUAUAUUGGCCCAUUUUAGAGGAGGAACUGAUUUUAUAUUUUGAAAAAAGAAAUGUAGUUUCCUAAAUACAUCUAAAAUGUACAAUGGCUGUUUCAUUGUUAAUGUAUUCUUUUGAUGUAAAUCAAUUUUCAUUGCAUUUCCUUAUUGCCUGUAUUAUCCCAAGUUCCCCAUUUCUCUGUAAUCAAUGUUAACCCUGAUGUUUCUGCCAUCUCUUCAUCCAAACAUGAAUACAUCACAACUUUUUUAUGCCAAGUGUCCCCUAUUUGAACUUGCCCAAAAAUAGGAUUGGGAGAAAAAGUAAUUUAACUUUUCUGAGGAUUUCAUGACCAAGGCAGCUCUGAAUAUUGAACAGCAUCCUGAUAAUGUUAGUAACACUCGCAGUUAUGGUUUUUUUUCAAUUUAAUUUCUGUGAAAUUUCUCUAAGAUUCCACUUAUUUUGGGGGGUGGGGGUGGAGUGAAGUCAUACAGAGGAAGAAUAAAUUAAACUGGUGUUAUUUGUUAUUGCUGGGAUGUACAUUUAUGGGUGUGUUACUGAACAUUAUACAGCAUGGAACUGAAAUGUGCUACAAAAAGUAAGUUUCUAGAACUGAUGUGUAGAAAGGCAGAAAACAUCUAUGUUAAACAGAUGAAGAGAGAAAAUAAGGUACUGACAUACAGCAAUGAAUCAGUCUCCCUGACACCUUGUUUGCAUUGGUCAUUAAGUAUUCUCAGUACGUUUGUCAAUUGUAUUAAAAAUUGUUGCAAGAAAAUUGCAUCUGUGACUUUUGCAAGCUUUUUAGUGCCUUUUUAAAAGUACUUUUUAAUUGAGCUAUGGACUAGUAUUACUGUUGCCUUUAAUGUAAUUAAAUGCAGCAUAUAGGUAUGGGAUGACUGGAUAAUUUCUGGAGACCAUCUACUGUUCAGCCCCCACAUUGUUACAGCACAGAUACCGAGGACACAAUGCUAACCGGAAAGCAUUUUUGUCCUUGUAUAAAGUGGUUUUACACUGUUGCUCCUACACCCCUAAGUGCCAGUAGAUUGGUCCUCUAAAUAUAUGAAAAUGUCUGACCUUAUUGCCUCUGACCUUUCAGACUGCACCUCUGGGAUGUAGCAUGUAUUUAUGGUACAUUUCUUACUGUGUAAAUGUGAAAUGAUGACUAGAGAAAAGAAUAAAGAA